AUGAGAGCGCUCAAGAUAGAGGCUAGGCAUAGAGAGCAGCUGAUACGCGAACAAGAGCUCGAACUGAAAGGCCUUCAAGACAAGCUCGAGUUCGCACAGCGAAAGGCCGAGCUGACCUAUCAGACCGGCAACCUCAAGCAGACCCUGGAAGGUAGGGAACCUGCUGGAGCUUACCACUCAACUCCCCAACCAAAUCUUAGAACCCCUACUCUUAACCCGGUGGGCGCCACACCUGUCCCCAACUACCCAGAGACGCCAAGAUAUGACCCAGGUGGAUCGGUGGGGGCGACGACAUUUGUGUGGCGUGUGCCAGAUGAUAUUUCAUCAUCAGAAAUGAUGACGGCCGCAACUAAAAUAGUGGAUAAACUGAAGCCUACUUUGCCCGCGUACCACACCCGCCGUAUGAGGAAAGAUUUCAGUGACAAGUAUGGCAGCCUUGCUGGAUGCAGGCGUCUGCUUGCCAGCGGCCGUGAACUGUCUGAAACUGUAAAGAUGAACCUUCGCAUCGUUGCUCUCGUCAUCGUGGCGACGCUGGUCGCCUGCGGGGAGGCGCAGUCCUGCCAAAAUGUCAACACCGGCCUGAAGGUGGCGUGCGGAUCGAACAACCCCGUCUUGCCCAGCGGCUGCUUCUGCGACGAAUUCUGCCACGUGAAUGGCGACUGCUGCGACGACUUUUGCGACGCCUGUCCGACCCUACGGCGGCAAGUGUCAGAACAAGCCAGCGCUCGUUCGUCUUGCGACUGUGACGCGCAACCUUCUACAUCCGGCCCCACCUGCGAAGUCCCCGACAGACCACAGGGUGGUGGACCGUGCGAAAACCACCAGUGCCGUAACAACGCCGUCUGCGAGCAGACAGGACCGACGACCUACAGCUGUCAAUGCGAGGCCGGCUACGAAGGUCGUUUCUGCGGUCGGCGGGUCGCCGGCGCCCAGUGCGUCAACCACCAGUGUCGCAACGGAGCGGCGUGCGUGCCUGGCCCUUCCGACACCUACAGCUGCGACUGCACGUUCGGCUGGGCGGGCCAGUUCUGCGAGCGGCUCGACCUCGUACCGCCCGUCGGCGCCUGCAAGAACAACCUGUGCAGGAACGGCGCCACCUGCCGGGCGAGCGGACGCGACUACACGUGCGAAUGUUCCGUCGGCUACCAAGGGUUGUUCUGCGACGUCGCCAUCAAUCCCUGCCAGAGUCAUCAGUGCCAGAACGGAGCCGUCUGCGAGGCCGGUGGCGCCGACUACCGGUGCGUCUGCCAGAAGGGAUACGACGGGAGGUUCUGCGACGUCGUCGUCAACCCUUGCGACAACCAUCAGUGUCAGAACGGAGCGCGCUGCUCGGCUGUUGGUCAGGACUACGAGUGUUUGUGCCAGCAGGGAUAUCGCGGGACCUUGUGCGAUGUGCAGGUCAACCCGUGUGAGAAUCAUGGCUGUCGCAACGGCGCUCAGUGCGUACCAGCCGGCGUUCAAGACUACACGUGCGAUUGCCAGCAAGGAUAUCAGGGACAGCUGUGCGGCAUACGCAUCAACCCAUGUCAAAAUCAUCAAUGUCAAAAUGGAGCGCUGUGCGAAGCGGUCGGUCAGGAUUACAAAUGCGAUUGCCAGCAGGGAUACGAAGGUGACCUUUGCGACGUGGCUAUCGACCCUUGCAGAAACAAUCAAUGUCAAAACGGAGCGUGCGUGGCCGUCGGUCAGAACUACGGCUGUAAUUGCCAACAGGGAUACGAAGGUGACCUUUGCGAUGUCGCUAUCGGCCCUUGUAACAAUCACCAAUGUCAAAACGGAGCGAUAUGCGAAGCGAUCAGUCAACAGAACUACAGAUGUAACUGUCAACAGGGAUACGAAGGUGACCUUUGCGACGUAACCAUAGAUAUCAAUCCUUGUCAAACUCAUCAAUGUCAAAACGGAGCCCGCUGCGUACCCGUCGGUCAAGACUACACAUGUGAAUGUCAACAAGGCUACGAGGGCGCCCUCUGUGACUCACCUAUCCGUUUCAACGCUUGUCUAAAUCAUCAGUGUCAGAAUGGAGCGGCGUGCGUGCCAACUGGCGGUCAGCUCUAUGGCUGUGACUGCCAGCAAGGGUACGAGGGAGACUUCUGCGAGCGUACGGUGGCCACGGGCGGCGGUGCUUGCUCGCCGAAUCCUUGCGGUGAUUACGGCACGUGCUUCGAGGUUACGGUGAAAAUCAGCCGCUUCCAACCGUCGUACGCAUGCGUGUGCGAUCCGCAGUACACUGGCUUCGAAUGUGACAUCUUUGUCAGUCGGCCGGUAGGGUCCUGCGAUCCAAACCCGUGUGUUAACGGCGGUACGUGCAGGCCUAGAAGAAGAUCUGGAUAUAGAUGCAAUUGCCCUCCAAACUACAGUGGCGAUAAUUGUCAAAUCGCUGCCGUGCAGGGCCGCUGUGCCGACAACCCGUGCGUGAACGGACAGUGUAUUGACGAACGGGGCGGCGGCUACCAGUGCCUCUGCCAGUCGGGAUGGGUCGGCAGGAACUGCGAGCGUUCCGAUCGCGUCUCCACCCAGAACGCGUGCGACAACGCCGUCUGUCACAACGGCGGCUCAUGCGUGGACACGUCCCUCGGCACCUUCCUCAGAUUCCGGCAACGCUUGUUCACCAUUCCGCAAUGAUUGCCUGAAUGGUGGUGUAUGCCGCAGCGAUCCGAGAGGGGGCACUGCAUGUCGCUGCCCGAUCGGCUACGAAGGUCUCCAAUGUGGAACGAUUUCCCAGGGAACUACGCCUGGCUGUAUCGGAAUCUUCUGCCGCAUCUUUAACGGAUCCUGAAAUGCUGCACGUUAUUUACAUGAGACGGAUGUGUUAUUUUAAUAUUAAUUAAUAUAUGCUUAAAAGCAUUGUACCUAAUUAACGAAGCAAUAACGUUUAGCGAGUGCCUUGUGUGGCUUGUAUUAUAGCGAGUGUCGUGAGAAAACUACGGGCGCACGUAAUUGAUGUUUUGAGAUGGUAUAUAUUUGUUCGAUUUGCUAUAUUUGCUUAAUUAAUAUAACUUAUGAUGAUUGUCGGAUUUUUAUUAUUAUAAAGGCUGCUGCAUAUUUGUUUUAGAACACUUCAUAUCUUGAAUCUGUAUAUUUGUAAGCCGCAUAGGGUAAAGCGUGGGUACGUACGUAAUCGUACACGGAUCCGCACGCACGCACACCCGCACGAACGCAAAACAUGCACGCACCUAUAAAUUUAUGCACAGAAUCGAUAAUUAUUACAAACAAUACUCCGUAGUAUUUUCAGUGGUUGUGUAAACGCAUCCGAAUACAGAUAAAUUAAUAAUUAUUGGUUAUUUAAUAUAAUGAGGUAAAUAGUUAUAAUUAUUGCGCUUGACCCAAUAUUAUUAUAAUUCACACACAUCAGAUAUAGCCGAGCUGCCGUCAUGCAGUGUCGAUGUAAAGAACUAUAUAUAUUAUAUAUUAUGGCUCGUUGAUCAAACACCUGAAAUUUCGUAAACCUUGUUUUAUCUGCUAUGUCCUCACAUAUGUGUAGGAGCUGCCCAGUGAGUGACUGAGAGUGGUCCAAGGGUCGGGUAUGCAUGACGUGGUGUGGCCAGACAGAUCGGUAUCGUGUAAGAAGAACUUUAUGGUGAAAUACGCUUGCAAUCCGAUGCUAUCUCAUCAUACGUGCUCUGGCAGUGUCUUAUCAGGAUCUUAUAUUGAUCCACUGUAAUUGAAUUUUACAUUUAACAUUGGAUCGACAAACAUUGGAUUCAGGUCCUGACUCAUUUGGCCCCUUUCUUAAAUCAGUUUCUGUGUCUGUGUACUCAUGCGUGUUUAUUAAAAUAUUAUUUUGUAACGCAUA